UUUGUCGGCUAAUAUAAAGGGAAGACAGCUUUGACGCGCCGCUCUUCAGCUCGUUAGUUUGAUUUGGUAGGUCGUGUUGAGUUGAUUUCAAAAUGGCUGAUAAAAAUUGUAUCAAUAUAAAAUUACUGGAAAUUAUGAGGAAAACUGGAUAUCCUAUAGUACAGCACAAUGGCCAGAGAAUAUAUGGACCACCGCCUAACUGGAUGGGUCCAUGUCCGCCCAAAGGCAGUGAAGUUUUCAUUGGGAAACUGCCUCGCGAUAUCUUCGAAGACGAGCUGGUGCCUUUAUUCUCUAAAGUUGGGACGAUUUAUGAGCUGCGCCUCAUGAUGGAUUUUUCCGGUUCGAACAGAGGAUAUGCAUUUGUGACUUACACAACCAAAGCCGAGGCCACUGCAGCAGUCUGUAUGCUCGACGGCUACGAAAUAAGACCUAAGAGAAACAUUGGCGUUGUGAGAUCAGUUGAUAACCGCCGGCUUUAUAUUGGAAACCUCCCCAAAUACAAGACCAGGGAUGAUGUACUGCAGGAGCUGACAAAACGUGUCGAAGGUAUAACUGAUGUUAUACUCUACUCGAACUGUUACGAUCGUUCCCAGAAUAGAGGUUUUGCGUUUGUGGAGUUUAUGUCGCAUAAAGCUGCUGCUAUGGCGCGAAGGGCACUAAUUCCGGGAUGCGUCAAGUUAUGGGAUAGGGAUCUGAUUGUGGACUGGGCUGAACCCGAGCCAGACAUUGAUGAGGACACAAUGAAACUGGUGAAGGUGUUGUACGUUCGUAAUUUGCAUAUACAGACAACGCCCGAUAAAAUAAAAAGUAUUUUCGAAACUGCAAUAAACGAUAAAAUAGAGAGGGUUAAAAAGAUCUAUGAUUACGCCUUCAUACAUUUUUACGAGCGUGCACACGCUGAGCUUGCUUUUGCGAAAUUAUCUAAUGCCGAGAUCGAUGGAUGUUUUAUUGAGAUUCGUUGGGCUAAGCCGGUUGAACGUGAUGUAUACCGUAUACAAAAAUUGACAAAAGGCAAUGCGAAGUUUAAUAAUAGCAAUCUGGAUCUAACACAAACAAUGAUGCUAUACAAGCAGCACUUGGAAAAGAAGGAAUAUGACAGCAGCCCUAAAGAUGAAGGAAUUGGAUCUGCAUGCGCUGGGGACUCCCUCUGCUGUUCACCGAUUGAGCAGUCUCCUCCUGCGGCGCCGCCGGGAGACGGCUUUGCACCAGCGAGGCUUUCAUCCAUGUGUUGCAGGUACAGAUGGUCACAGCCUGUCUACACCUACCAAAAAUGUUAUAGUCCAGCUGGAGACAUAAUCGUAGGCUGUGUUGAGCUGCCGUGUGUGGGCCAACCGCUAUUCGGUGAACCAAGAUCAGUGGGCCCGAUGUAUACCAGAGCUUGUUGCUCCAUUCAACAAGCCCAUGUGGAGGCAUCUGAAAUGGCACUUCAUACCUUGAAGAUGCUGAGAGCAGAUUACAUCCAGAAAUUCAUUCCCCCAACUCUACUGUAUCAGCCCCACCAGCAACAGCUAAUGACUCCAGUUGGUUGUGGUGUGGCUCCGAACUGUGCUAGUCUGCCUUACUUCAGUGCUCAGAUUUGCCCACGCUUGUCUCAGCCGGGCCAACCCAUAACUGUACCAACAAUCUGGUAGACAAACAAGAGCCAUUGCAUCUCUUGGACUAGUAGAUAUUAUUAGUGAUUACAGCAAGACAAACUAAAAUCUUUCACUUAUUGUUAAUAAGCAGGAUUUUGUUUAAGUUAUUUUGGACCAUAAUUUUUUAUUAAUUUUUAGUAAGUUAAACAAGACAAUUUUUAAAUCUGUGCCUGUUAAUUGUAACUGGUAGGAUUUUAAAGUUGAUCUUGCCUAAUAAUUUGCCUAAUUAUUAAUUUUAACAUUUUGUUACAAUAAUUCUUAUUGUACUGAUGUUAAUUUGUAAUUACUAGUUGAUUUUUAAAUGUUUAUUAAUUAGGCUAGGUAUGACUAAAAUAUUUUGACAAAUACUAUAGGCAUCUUCAGUUUCUGUGGACUUGGUGUUAUUUUCUUAGAUAGAAGUAAAAUGGCCUUAAAAAUGCUUCCUUGUGCAUAUACCUCAGUAUAUUCAGAGAGAAUGUAUUUUGAACAUUUCGUGGACUAAACUGACUAAAUUAAAAGCUAAGUACUAAAUGUUAU